AUGUUCUCGUGCAAAUUUGUUCUCGGAGGGAUUUUGAUGGCUGCAAUAGGUGACUUCCUAGCCUUUAAGUUGUACCCGGAGGGAGGCUCCAGAUUUCGCUGGACGUUCCAUCAGAUGAAAGGUAACUUGAUGAAAGUCCAAAAUUUCACUCACAAACUCGCGGAUAUGUUUUGCAACGAUCCUGAACAAUGCAAGAAUGCUAGCGAUGAAUUUUUCAUGAUCGCUGCCAGUCUCCCCCAGGACGUUGUGUUGCAGUUUGCAGACUUUAUGAGCAAGUUUGGUGUGUCAGCUAAGCAACAGGAAGGCGGAGAGGUUAAUCGGAAACACUCUGAAACCAAGAAAGCGGUUGUCACCUACUCAAACGGAAACGUUCAACUCCAAGGCGAUCCAAACAAAGGAGAAACCAUCAUAAAGUCGCUGAAGUUUUCAAGCUACGAUGAAAGUAACCUUUGUGAUGUCAUGGAGGGGAUACCCCCGGAAGAAUAUGAUGCAACAGUCGACGAAAUCGCCGCAUUAACCAACAUGCCGGAAAGACUCAAAAAAGUUAUCAAACGGGCUAAGAACUUUUCUGAAGGCAAAUUGCAGGCGGUUAGAAGGUUGCAAUUCAAAACGGAAGAUGGAAACUUGGUUUUUGGCCGAGUGGCUGUUAUUCGCAGGGGCAAGCUGCUUGAUAUGGCUUACUCGCUUCACUCUGUGGCGUAUGAAGUCGCGCCGCGCCAACGCAAAUCUGAAAACGUCCAGAAGUUGGAAGAGUUUUUCGAAAGCCUAGAUGGGAACGAUGAGGGCGGCCGGAAGGAGUUCCAGGAGAUUACAGUUGAGCUAAGAGACGAUUUUUUGGCGUUCUUCCAUAAACAGGCUAUCGAGGGGUUUGUUAAGCAUUGCGACCCCGUGCUAAAGGCACUGCGCAACGAAAACAAAGAUGCUGAAAUUCUUCAACAUAUUGGUGUUAGCAAAGACGGAAAAGCUGUAGAAGAAGACAAGUUAACUAGGGACUAACGGCUGGCAAAAAAUUCUCAGAGUUGUUUUGGUGUUACUGAUUCAUCACUGCAUGGUAGUCUUUUCAUCUAGACCCAAUUUAUCUUCGAUGAGAAGAAUUGAGCAAAUUUAAGCACCUUAGAUAGUGAUUUGAAGUAAAUUAGAUGCCUAUAUUGAUCAUUUGACCAGGAUGACUAAGUCAUGAUUAACCUUGUGAGUCUCUCUUUUUCUCGGAAAUGGUAUAAGGGGCUGGUCACGCUUGACGUUGCCUUAGCAAAGGAAUGGAUAAAAAUGGUUACUCUGUCCACAGUUCAGAACAGACUGUAGGCAAUCACGUGAUUAAGUCAAAGGUGACGUUUUGUUCAUAUAGACUAUAAAUAACUUCUACAUUUCAGUAAAACUUGAAAGGUGUACUUACAAUACAUGUCUGCAUGACACUGUUUGUUUUCUUUUUUGAAUUGAUAGUUUUUUUUUUUUGUUUCGUUUAUUAAUCGAUGCGGGUUUCGCAUUUCAGUAUUUUGUAGUACUCCCCGGUUUUCAGAUUGUGCGUUACUUGAGUAGCUUUCCUUUCGCAGAAUACCAAUAUUAGCUUACUUCGUCGAGGGUUAAAAUGUAAAACGGAUCAGUAUGAUACUUUUUCUAUUAAACAGUGAUUUUUCGGCAGCAUUUUUGUAUUUGUGUGUCUGUCGAUGUCGCGAGGACAACUGCAUCUUACUCUCUCCUUUUUGGUUACCGACAGUAAUUUUUUUUAUUUUUGUUAAUAUUUUUUUCGUUUUCCAUUACCAGGUUACGUAAUCAUGAUUUUGUCUUUCUUCUUUUCGGAACGCAAAAGCAAAAUAACGCAACACUCAGGCUUCUUGAAAAUAUCUUUUUGACCCUCUUUAACCACUCUGGUGUAAACAGUAAAUGUUUAUUUCCAGGUUUUAUUCAUUGAAAAGGCAAUCAAGAAGGAAAAUCCUCAAAAAAAUAAUCCUCUAGAUAUACGCUGAUUUAAAAUUGCUACGUCACGACGAUAUUGCUGUUUUAGGUCAACUCUGGGUUGAAGUCAUUUUUUAGUGUCAUUAGCAAUAUUCUUGAUACAUAAAAUGCUCCAGUGGAGUUACGAAGAGAUGUAUAAAGCAUGAGAAACACAGUGUCAAAUGCUUGAUAUUACUUCUCAAACAAAAUGAUUUGACCAGGGGAAAUUAAAGAUGCAGUUAUGAGCAGUUUUUCACCUAAUUUCCAAACACUAAUUAAACAUUUGUAUUUUCUUUAUGGAUUAUUGAGGAGUUCGAGAUAUCAAACAAAUUAUCAAAACAAAUUUCACAAGGGAGACGGGAAUUGCUGCAUUAAAACUUGAAAAGUUGGCCCGAACUUUUCUAAGUUUCAAUCCAUGCCAAUCCUCGCCAUCUGUUGCAUCAGAGGACAGGAAACAGUUUCCAUGCUUAAAUAUAGUCUUAAAUAACAAAACUAGACUAUUAUUUUUGACAUUCAAUUUAUGCGAGAAAAGUUUUAGCUUUUAAAAAACAUAGAAAAAAAAAUACAUUUGAACAAGACACAAAAACGAAAAAAACUUCUGCAACACGAGACGUUUUCUUCUUGCCUGGCAAUUUUUUAACCGAAAAACAAAACAAUAAUUAUGUAUGAAAUGAUAUAGGAAAUCUAUUUAAUUCCUUUGUGAUCUUGAUCUUCGAUCCUCGACGAAUCCUAAAUUCCAAAGUAAUUUUUUUAAAGAUCAAAAGAAAAAAAAAAUAAACUGAUUGAAUUCUCAGUUUAAAAGCUUCGGUUUUAAAUACCUCUCCCUUAACCAAUCUUAGUGAUGUCCAUCGCUCAAAAGCCGUCAAUUAUCUUACAUAUUUCUCUCUGCCAAUAAUUACGAAUAUGCCAAAAACUGUUUUCUCUGUUUUCCGUGUCCCUUUUUAUAGCUGAAGAAAUCUUAUCACUCUGAAAACAUGUGCUCUAUGCCCUCGAUUUGUCCCGAAAGUGUAACCUUCAACGUGAGGGGUAACGUUUUGCGUUGAAUUGUGUGUGUGUUUUUUUUUUAAUUGAAAUAGCCAUUUUGAUUUGAACGGUAUGAUGAAUAUGUAAUACGAGUAAUGCGGCACGCGAAGUAGUUAAUUUUUGAACCCUGCUGCGUUGGUUAAGUAAAUGAACAUUAACUCGCGAUCUUUAACUAUUAGAUAAUCGCAUUUUAACAGCUGCGAUUAACUUGUACGUGCUUCUUUGACGCAAUAACUGAAAACUUAUGCAUCGCUAAAAUGGCUUUUCGUUUCUAGAAAUGGUUUUAUCAAAGAACAAGAUAACUAAACCAACACGCCUGCGGUUGAAGAUAAGAGCUUUCAUUGUUGUUUUACCUUUCUAUGAAAAAAAUAAUAGAAAAAAAUCUCUUUUUUUCCUUCCAGCGACUUAUUGGAGUGGCAAAGCUCGAGUGGGCAGGUGGAGUUCGAGAAUGGGCAAUUUUCCGUUUUACAAAACAUCUAUAUUCUAGAUUCUACUUCUUAUGCCCCGUCUUAAGCAGUGAAGGUAAAAAAUCUGUUUUCUUUUUAGCUUCCAUUUUAACGAUGAGUUGGUUGCGUAAUAUAAGACUUCCUUAUUGUACUCCGGCAUACGUUAGUGCCUUAGCAUGGCAAAACGUAAAAGGUACGGUUACCACACGCUGAAUUUCAGAAUGACAGUAGCAGAAGUUAGUGCUACUAAAGGCGAGCACGAUAAACAAAAAAGCUGUGUCACAAAAUCGAACAAAAUUCAAACAGCGGGAAUGGUCACCAUAGACAUGCAGUUCCAUGGUACCUGUUCCCCGGGGGAGGGGUACUCAGCAAAUGCUUACUUACACGGGGAGGCUCCGCCACGAGGUCCAAACCCUUACCUUUUAUAUACUAUUUUUCACGAAAAAGGUACCCCUUUCAUAUACCUUGUUUAGAACUUUGCAUUUCUUUUAACUGCUGUGAAUGCACUGCCUUUUAAAUAGGAAUUAAUCACAAAAAUAGAACGUUUUCUCAACUUUAUAAAGCCACAAAAAUUCAUCUAUUAGCUAUUUUGGGCCCUUUCACAGACCCAAAUGACAGAUUUACCUACCCGUCUGUAUACUUCAACUAGUGAAAUCCCUACCCUUUCAUAUACCUGAAGCCUUAAAAAGGUAUACCUUUCGGGCGGAGCCUACCCGUAUAGGCCAUCAUAAGGAGUACCCCCCACCCCCUGUACCUGUUCAGAAGCUUUCAUUUCAAUGGUCACGCCUCAUGGCUGAUUCCAUUUCCCGGCCUUGGACUCAAAGCUAGAAACCCCUUCUACAGCAGUGUAGUAAACAGCAAACCAUCCGGAAGAUAAUGAUGGUAUAGUUAGCUUUCAAAUCAUUUGGAAAAUUGCAAAGGGAGAGCCAAUGCAACUAGUACACAUUUCUACAGUUUUCCUGCAGGUCGAGACUACAGAAAAAAGGUCCUUUAGAAAAAACAGUGCAUGAUACUUUCAAAUCCUGGACUGAGACAUUAAACAAUAUUGAUUUGCAUGAACUGUAAAGAAAUUCCCAUAGUACGAAGUGAAAUGACGUACAAAGAUGAGCUUCGGCCACUUGCUUGAGCAUUUCUUCAUUUUUCGGGAAUUUUUCAGAAUUGGCCAGAACUUGACAUUUAUCUUGAUGGUAAUACUACGAGAUUUUAGCUAGCUUAAGACGUGAGAAAAACAACCCAAAAAGUUUUAAUAGAAAGAUGUGGCUAAAUCCUUCCCUUUACGUGCUUUCAGUUCAAACGAAUUUGAUUUUGUUUUGUUUUUCGUAGUUUGAAAAAUUAGUUUCCUUGAUCAUAUCAGUUUAGUCUUGCGUGUUUUGUGGAGGGAGAAUGAGCUAAGGAACAGCUGUUUUCAUCAAUCAAAGAGCUUGAUAAAAAUAAAAAUGAUAAAUGAUAAUAACUUCAUUUUAUAGAGAUGGUAAAGAAGUCUCCUCCAAGAACAGAAAGCUAG